AUGGAAGCAAGUUUGUGUUGCGGUAAUGGGACUCAAUGGCCUUUAAAAAAACUGAUGAAGAAGAUGAAGAUUGGUAAUACUUUAAGAAUUGUCCCAUUUUCUAUUACUAAUGGGAAAUAAAAUUAUCGUACUAUACCAAGAUUAUAAAUAUAUACCUAUGUAACGUAUCAGUAAAGCUGUGUAUAAUUAAAUCCUAUUCUAAGAAAUCUGAGCGAAAUUAAGUAAAUCAUUCUUUUGAUACCUUUUAAUUUUAAAUUAUUUCCCUGGGCUUAAAAUAUAUAGAAAUAUAUCCCGUAACCUUCAUUUAAAAUUGUUUAAUAUUUUUGGAAGUCUUAAAAAUCAUGUCACACAUAAAUUAGAAAUCGAAACCCAAAAUACUCGGAAUAUUACGUUUUUAUAAACUUUUGGACGUUAAAUCGAUCUGAUACAUUUUUGAUUACAUUAAUUUUAAAGCAAUAUGUAAAUAGGUCACAGAUUAUACUACGUAGGAUAUUUUUUUAAAAUAAAUUGUACAUUAUUUAAACAAGAACUACCAGGUGUGAGCAACGAUAAUUAAUUGCAACACCUACUCGAUAAUAGUAGUUAACUAUUGUGCACAAUUUCUUCUCAGUAUAAUAUUUAGUCUCAACUUGGUUUUUGGUUGUUGAAAAAUUUAUGAUGAUAUUUCGUACACUUAUAAUCUCGGUACAAAUACUUCUAGUCUUAAAUGGAAAUCCAGAAAGGGCAUUAAUAAUAUCAAAACAAAAGGAUCAUGAAAAUAUUGUAAAAACAUUUUACGAUAUGAAUUUGGUAAGUAAACAUUCUUAUGAAAUUCGCGAUUACUCUACGAUAAAAGCGUUCGAAGACAGUAUAUGUCUUAUACUUGACCAAUUCAGUAAAUAUUAUUUAUCGGUACUUCCUACUGAGACAAAAGUAAAUGAUUUAUGUAAAGGAUUAGAAACCAAUUCAAGCAGGGUAUAUGAAUUACGAAUACGAAAAGACUAUGUGGAAAAUAUAUGUUUACAUAUUGUACGAAGUAUAGAUUAUUUGUACGUUAGCGGAUUAUAUAGAGAUAAAAAACUGUUCAAUAUGUACAAAUCGCAUAGCUUGCUUUGUAGAACAAUACAACAAUUUUUUAGAGAACAUUGUAAACAAUCGAAAGUCACCGAUGACGAAAUAACUAUCAGUUGCAAUGUAGAAAAGUUACAUAUUGUGUUAAGAGAAAUUAUAUAUUUUGAACAAAUUACUGAAGAAGAAUCCCUUAAGUACCAAAAAAACACGGUAUACCAUAGUAAUGCUACAAAAUUUGUGUUAUCUGAAUACGAACUCAUGAGUGAUAUUGAUUGGACGGAAACAUUUUCUAACGAUAGUGCCCGUUACGAUAUUUUUAAACAGACGCCAACACAGAAAGUAGAACGACUUAAUCGUCAAACAAUAUGCGAUACAAUGAAUUUAGAAAAAUCAUUUAAAAAACAUAGUCUAAAGUAUUCUAAAGACAUUGAAACAAAUAAAUGUGCACCACUGAAUUUAACUAAGUUUAGAACAACAUCUGACGAGUUAAAAAAUUUACUAAUCUAUUCCCUCCAAAGGCUUGAAGAGUAUUUUAUAUUUAUGCUUCAAAGUUCUAAUAAAACCAUGUACCAAUUAAACAAGGACCAAAUCGAUCAAAUUGUGUUUAGUCCAUUUAAAAAAUUAUGCGGUGAUGUACCGGAAGUACUUCUGUAUAUACAUGAACAUCAAACUAAUGACCCGAUUGACUUAACUUUGUUUAAUCUGUUUUUAUCACUUUGCGGAAAUAACAUGGAUUUUAUCGAUCUCCGGUGUCCCGCUAAACACGGAAGUGAAUUUGAUAGCAUAUUAUUAUAUCAAGAUAAAUGUAUUAGGGAAGCGAUAAGAGUUAAAUUACUGUGGAAUUUUUAUGUUCGUAAUGAUAAAAUUUUAGAA